UGAACGGCAAAAGACGUGCGACUUUUAACCGGCCAGUGGCGCUGAACCGCGUGACCUCCGCUUGGACCGGACAGAGAGACAGGGGGUCCAGUGCCGGACGGAGCAUGGACCCCCGGACCGCCGGAACGUGUAGGCAGGAUGAACGGAGUGAGACCUUCGGCGGUCGCCCCGGAGCUAGCGGCGGGGGAAUGAGCGAGCAGCAGCCGGACUGCGAGAGGGACGAGGCGGCCGCGGGCGGCUUCACGGACAGAGAGGAGCCGCUGGAGGACAAAAUGAGAGGACUGGCUUUCAGGAAACAGAUUUCGUACAGGAAAGCUAUAUCUCGCUCAGGCCUGCAGCACCUGGCCUCAGUCCAGAAGCCUCUCCCUGCUGUGACUAACGGACCAGCCAAGGAGCUGCGUGCCACCAUCGACUGGAGUGAGAAUGCAGUAAACGGGGAGCACCUGUGGCUGGAAACUAACUGCUCUGGAGAGAUGUGUUACCUGGGCGAGGAGACGUGCAUAGUGAAGAUUGCAUCCGCUCCCCGGAAAAAAUGUGCAGCGUGUAAGAUCGUCGUUCACACGGCAUGCAUCGAGCAGCUGGACAAGAUCAAUUUUCGCUGUAAGCCUACGUUUAGGGAAGGAAACUCUCGAAGCAUCCGUGAUAACGUUUUGAGACAUCACUGGGUCCAUCGACGACGACAAGAGGGAAAAUGUCGUCAGUGUGGCAAGAGUUUCCAGCAGAAGUUCUUCCACAGUAAGGAGAUUAUUGCCAUCAGCUGCUCGUGGUGCAAACAGGCAUUCCACAACAAGGUCACGUGUUUCAUGCUGCAACAGAUCGAGGAACCUUGCUCUCUGGGCGCACACGCCGGUGUCAUCGUACCACCCUCUUGGAUUAUUAAAGUCAGGAAGCCACAGAGCUCAUUCAAAAACUCCACUCGGAGGAAAAAACGGACCUCUUUCAAACGAAGAACCAGCAAAAAGGGCACAGAUGAGGCAAAAUGGCGCCCAUUUAUGCUGAAGCCUGUGCCUUCUCCAUUAAUGAAGCCUGUGCUGGUGUUCGUUAACCCCAAAAGUGGGGGGAAUCAGGGUAACAAGUUGCUGCAGAUGUUCAUGUGGAGUCUGAAUCCUCGGCAGGUGUUUGAUCUCUCCCAGGGAGGGCCUAGAGAAGCGCUGGAAUUGUACAGGAAAGUGCCAAAUCUCCGCAUCCUUGCCUGUGGAGGGGACGGAACGGUGGGUUGGAUCCUGUCUGUGCUGGACGAACUACAGAUGAACCCACAGCCUCCCGUGGCUGUUCUUCCUCUUGGCACAGGAAACGACCUCGCCAGGACCCUCAACUGGGGAGGAGGUUACACAGAUGAGCCUGUGUCUAAGAUACUGUGUCAUGUAGAGGAUGGGACCGUUGUUCAGCUUGACCGUUGGAAUCUACAGGUGGAGCGUUUACCUGCACAGCCCGAGGAAGGGACUCAAAAGCUUCCCUUGAACGUGUUCAAUAACUACUUCAGCCUUGGCUUUGAUGCUCAUGUCACUCUCGAGUUCCAUGAAUCAAGAGAGGCAAACCCUGAGAAAUUCAACAGCCGCUUCCGUAACAAGAUGUUCUAUGCAGGGGCUGCCUUUUCUGACUUUCUACAGAGGAGCUCCAGGGACCUGUCCAAGCACGUCAGAGUGGUGUGUGACGGGACAGAUCUCACAGCUAAGAUCCAGGAGCUGAAGUUCCAGUGCAUUGUCUUCUUAAACAUUCCCAGGUACUGUGCAGGGACCAUGCCCUGGGGUAACACUGGUGACCACAGAGACUUCGAACCUCAGCGGCAUGAUGACGGCUGUAUCGAGGUCAUCGGCUUUACUAUGGCCUCCCUGGCGGCGCUGCAGGUCGGAGGUCAUGGCGAGCGACUACAUCAGUGCAGGGAAGUGAUUCUCACCACUUACAAGACGGUACCAGUGCAGGUGGAUGGAGAGCCAUGUCGCCUGGCACCGUCUACGCUCCGUAUCUCGCUCCGUAACCAAGCCAACAUGGUGCAGAAGAGCAAGAGACGCACAUCUGUUCCACUGCUCAAUGACAUUCAGAAAGUGUGCGCAGCAGAUCUGCGCCGCCUCUCUGCUCCCCCUGACUCCUUCUCUGUCCCUCAUGCAGUGCCUGAACGCCUACGCCUACGUGUCAAUCGCAUCAGCCGUCAGGAAUAUGAAUGCUUGCAGUUGGACAAGGAGCGACUGCGAGACGUCUCGACCCCUGUUGGCAUCGUGGUGGUAAGAGGAGACUGUGACCUAGAAACUUGUCGACUCUACAUUGACAGACUACAGGAGGAUGAGAGCAGAGGUUUGGCCCGGCCUGCUUCUGCAUCCAGACUUUCAACUAACUGGAGUUUCUUAGACUCCACAUCAGCUGACCGCUUUUACCGUAUAGAUAAGGCUCAGGAUCAUCUGCAUUUUGUCACAGAGAUUUGUCAGGAUGAGGUUUUUAUCCUGGACAACGAGGCACUGGCUUCAAGCCAGGCUAGAGUCCCCGAAAUGCCAGAUGUGGUGGUUGAGCCCAGCUCAGGGGUUUCAUUGACAACAGAAGAACAAGCCUUGCUGACGGCAGCAAGCUCAGGUGACCUGCCCAUGUUGUCUAGCUCAUGCAGUAGUGGUCUCAGCUUGUUGGUUAGAGACACAGGGGGUCACUCUGCUCUGCACCUCGCCUCUCAGAACGGCCACGCUGAUAUCGUGAGCUUUAUCCUGCAACAUGUGUCAAAGUUGAUCCUGGAUUUAACUGAUAAAGAGACAGGCGAUACUGCCCUUCACAAAGCUGCAUACCAUGGACAUUACGAAGUAUGCAGGCUGUUGAUGGAAGCUGGGGCUUCCCCCAACAAAAUGAACUUUGUGGGGAAAACCCCCAAAGACUGUGCUCAGGAAGCUGGAGACUCUGAUUUGGUAUCCUAUCUAAGGAGCAAGGAGUCCGAACAGCCAGCCACACGAGACGAUUUAGAGACUGCUGUGUGAAGAAACGCUAGGAAACUCGGUUCCUUCCACAGACCUCGGCUUUCACUUGUCUCAUGAAAGUACCGGAGUCCACUUUCUCACAUGCAGAGAGAGAGAGCAAGAGAGAGAAGGAAAGCGAGAAGGAGAGGUGAGAAGGUCACAGCAAUGACCCAAAGAAGCCUCAUCGAUAUAUAGAAUGGGAGUCUUUUCUAAAGCAGAAAGCUCAAAUAAGAAAGAAAAAGGUUGUUGGUGCUUCCUGUGGAUCACUGUAGGGGUAGAACUGUUUUGGGCAGAUUUGCAUUGGAAUUUAUUUAUUGAUAAUUUAUUGAUUUAUUUAUUGAAAGACUGGUUGUACUUACUUUAAGAGAUGUCGUUCCUCUCGUUAAGCCUGUGUACUGGUAUAGUGGUAUAAGGUAUUAGAAAACAGAUAGACGCCAUGCGAGUUGCGCAGUCGAGUUUCCCAAAAAUGUGGCCGUCUAGGCACUGUGAAGAAGAUUUACAGAAGAUCAGCAGGCACACCAGACCCUGCUGCCUAAGCCAGCCAACUCUCCUGUACACCAUGUUGUGUAUGUGUAGUUGUGUAUUUCAUCCAUCUACCAACCCAGGCGGACCAAGACCACAGGGUUUCAUCUCAGGCAUGAGGAGUUUGCCAUUACUUGUUUCCUGAAUCAGGAGGAGUAUACUGCUCCACAUGUUAAGCCGAGAGAUUCCUACUGCUCAAACCUAACACACCUAUUAUUAUUAUAAUUAUUGUAACAUAAACAUGUAAGUAAACAUGUGGUUUAAACUUGGAGUUGACAUUAUGUGCCUCUUAUACUAGAAAUGUCAUUGUGUUUCUUUAUUUGGCUCAGCUGAGAAAGUGGGUGCUUCAUGUCCAAUAUUUUUCCAUAUCAGAACAAUUGAAGUUUGCAGAAAGUCAUAGCAUUAUCUGUGUACAUACAGUACAUAGUGUUUAACUAUACGCAGACAUCUGUUAUUUUUGUUUUGCCUGCAGUGACAGUGAUUGUGACAGUGAACUAUUUAUCUUAAGAAACAAAAGAUCAUAAUCUGAGCCAUAUUCAAUGCAAUAUGAAUGAAUGACAUUUGUGCAUUAAUCUCUUUAUUUUUACAUUAUAUUAAUGUUAAUAGAGGAAUAGUUGUCUAAGGCACCUACAAGCUAAGUGAUGGAACAUUUCUUUUUCAUGAUGGUAAAGGGUUCAUCUGGCAUUUGUCAGUCCCUACAUCCUUUUUUAGUUCAUUUUCUUGGCACACCAACCUUCAUGUUUCAAAUUGUGGCAAAAAUGGCAAAAGCAAGAGCAGCGAGGUUCAGUCAGACAAACGCAGCAUGUGUGCAUCCUCUGAUCAGAAAACAUGGAACAGUAGCUUUUGAUGUUUGUUUGCAAAAAAAUAAUAGUGGCCACAUCCUGUUGCAUUACAAACAAUGCUAAAAAAAAUAACUACAGCAUUUGCAUGAAAUGGUCAUGAUGGAAAAGUGUUCCACCUGCUGUGAGAGUGGUUUAUAUAUUACUGAUCUGCUGUGUUAUUUUGUAUUAUUUGUGAUUUUACUGUGCAUGAGAUUUUGUUACCAGGAUAUUUCUGUUCAAUUAUGGGAUUAUAAUAUUGCAUUAUUUCUGUUACUUUUUGUUAAACAUAACUUAUCAAGAGUACUUGCUUAAUUAUUUUAGGUUUUUUAUGUUUAAAAGAUGGAAAUACUUGAAUGAUGUAUAUUUUUAAAUUCUAAUUGUGUAUUUUAGUGUCAUCACUAUGUAUCACUGGAAGCUGAUGACUAAUGAUCAGUCAGAUGUUAAAACUUGUGUCUUUCUCAAAUGUUGGAACGUUUGUCAUCAAUGAACAAACAAAGUUGAAAGCACAUGUAAUGUUUAUAAGUUUCCAGAGAAAUUAUCACAUAAAUAUUGUUUAUUGUUUGAUGAUUGUUUAAAAAAAACAAAAUAA